AUGGCCUACGGUCUGGGUAUCCCGAAGCUUAGGCUCAAUAGCCCAUACUGGCAAAACUUCAUUGGAGGCAUCCUCAUCGGUCUCACUGGAGGACUGUAUGCUGCCCUCAACCUCUUGGGUGCGGGAGGUGGGAAACCGAACUCGUUCCAGGUCGUCCAGACUGCCAAUGCCACUCUUUGCGCCGUCUAUGCUGUCUCAGCCUGGUUUGGAGGGACUGUGUUGAAUACAAUUGGCCCUGCCUUGACUGCUUUCUUCGGUGUCAUCGGAUACAUCCUCUACGUCGGAAGCUUGUGGUACUUUGACCAGCAUGGCAAAGAGACUUUCCCCAUCAUCGCAGCCGUCUGCGUAACGUUGUUCCAGAUCUCUGCCGGUCUCAUCUACGUGACUUCUGGGUACCUGUCCAUGUCGUACUCGGAGGAAAACGAACGCGGAAAGUUCGUGGCAACGUCUAUCAAUCUUCAGGCCACGGGUGCUGCCAUCGGCGGAUUGAUUCCUCUGAUCAUCAAUCAUGACAAGGCCACUAGCGCCGGCGUCCCUGCAGCGGUCUACAUUGUGUUCAUCGUCAUGGAUUUUGUUGGUUGCGCGUUAGCGUUUCUGUUGCGGCCGCCGGAGAAGGUGGUGAGAGAGGACGGGACGAACAUCGCCGUGGUCAAAGCCCGUCCUUUCUGGCAAGAGCUCAAGGGCAAUCUCGAAGCUUUCAAGGAUUGGAGAAUGAUCGUGAUGAUCCCGGCCUUUGCGGUCAGCGAAUGCUUCCUCGUCUACGGCGGGAGCGCGAACGCGUUCCGCAACAGCCUCCGAGCUCGCAGUCUGCUGGGAUUUUGCUCGGUGACGCUGCAAAUCAUCUGCGGAUGGGCUUUGACGUUGCUCCUCGACAACGAAAAGCUCCGCCGCCGAACAAGAGCCCAGAUUGGUCUCGCCAUCACCGGCAUCCCGGUGAUGGGCGCCUACAUCUGGGAGAUGGUCCGGACCCGCAACUACGACAGGAACAACCCUCCCUCGCCUCCUCUGGACUGGAACGAUCCGGACUUCGGGGCCAUCUUUGUGCUGUUCAUGCUGAACUGGGUGUCGUGCUCGCUGUUCCAGUACAUGAUCCUGUACUUUUUGGGCUGCUUCACGAACAACCCGCGAGUCGCCGCCAACAAUGCUGGUGUCUUCCGCGGAUUCAUGGCCGCGGGAGAAGCCAUCGACUUUGGCGUCGACAGCAUGGGCGUGCCGUUCCUGAAGGAGUCCGGCGCGCUCUUCGCGUUCUACACUGCUGGUGUCAUCGCGAUGGGCUACCUCGCGCUCUUCCACAUCGACGAGACCAAGUACUUCACCGAGGAGGAGGUGACGAUCCCCAAGCACAUCCGGGAGGAGCACGACCACACCAUCGUGAUCGAGGGCAUGCCCCAGAGCACGUCGGAGACGGACGAGGAGGCCGCGGCCGCGACGGGCAAGGAAGCCACUGGCAUCGCGGAGGAGAUCAAGGCGUGA